CAGUUCACCCUUUCGCAAUGCUUUCAACUCUUCUACAUAAAUUGUUGACAGCAACUUCACUUGUGUGUUAAAAAAUAUUGGUAGGUCGUGAAAAAUAAAAUAAUUGUGUAGAAAACUAUUAUAAAUUAAAACAACCGUUGCAAUAGACUACAAUAAAAAGGUGAUUGUGACGCGAAAGCAUAAUUUGUUGUGUUAUGCUUAUGUGUUAUGUUAUUCCUUCAGUGAAGCACUACAAGGUAAAGAACACAUAAAAGUGCGCUGCUCUAAUUGUUUACGUAUUUACACGGUAUACGCUCGUUUUUAAUUAAACUAAUAUUGGCUUUGCUAAGCAAAGUAAAACAAUAAAAGAGUGUUAUUAAGUGUUUGAAAAAAUCUAAAACUAGCCAACAGUUGAAAAUGCUUAAAGGAGAUCCCCGAGCGUAAACGAUCGAAAACGAUUAUUAGCUAUUCUGCUACAUUGUAUAGUGCAGCAUUGUUAGCUUGACAAAACGUGGUGUUUUUGUUGUUUUCACAUGCUUUGCUGCGUUCGUUCAUUGUUGCACCACUGUGAAUUGCGAAAGUAAAUAUGUCAGUAGGUGUGUGCAGCAGUAGGUGCCAUUGUGAAUGCAUUAGUUUUUUCGCUGUGGUCACGUACUCUCUUUCGUGCUGUGCAAUUUUGUUAUAAAUUUGGCAGUUUUGCCUGUACAAAGAAUAUUGCAAAUUAAUAUUGUUUACAUUCAUUUAAAAACAAUAUAAGAGUGAUACUCUUUAAGUGUGUAAAAUAAUUAUUGACAAAGUGAAAAUCAAUUAAAUGGCACAAUUAACCAGCGGCUGACAUUGAUUGUGUAUGUGCGCGUUGACUUGACACAAGCGUCCAGCGAGUUUCGGCGAUUUCUUUUGCGUACUAGAAGAAAGUUGUUAUAUUACUUAACUGUAUGAGCAACAAAAAAUGCCAAAAAAUAUUAUAAAAACCUGAAAAUCUGUUUGGAAAUUGAAAAUUGUAAAUUUUCGAAAAAAAAAAAGUUUUUUGUGUUGUUUGUGCAAUAAACGAAAAUUAAGCGUUAAAAAAAAUUUUAAAGAAAAGUGAAAACUACAUGCAAAUAUUAUAUUGCUGACCAAGCUGUAGCUGUUCAGAGUGUAGAGAAUUCUUUACAACACACUUAAUUCGUUUUGCGCUAUGAAAAAUGUGCAAUAACCCACAACAACAUCACGGUGGACGCAGAGCCAACUAGAAAACUUUUUGCAAAAAAACAACAAAAAAUACACACAACAACAAAACACAAACCGCCGUUUUGGAGUAGUUGCAUAUUGUACGACAAAAACAACAACCAUAAGGAUAAAAAACUGCAGUUUGCAUGGAACAACUGAAGGAGCAAAGCAAAUUUUUUUGAAUAUGAGAUAAACCUAUUUCGAACGCAAACGAAAAAUAAAAUAUAAAUAGAAUAACCGUUACUUUAACGGUUAUACACAAGUAGUGCGAGUGUGUGUGUGUGCCAGUGCGUGUGUGAAAAGCAUUGCAUCGCAUUAAAAAAAUAGAACACAACACCAAAAACAACAACACACUGCAAAAACAAAGCCGAAAAUGUCUUCAUCCAGCCUAGAUGUGCCACGCAUUAUGGUCUUUCGCCCAACAUGGGAGGAAUUCAAGAAUUUCCCACAAUAUAUCGCCUACAUGGAAUCUCAGGGUGCACACAAAGCUGGGCUGGCCAAAGUGGUGCCACCGCCCGAAUGGGUGCCACGUCGCAGUGGUUACGAUGACUUGGAUGCACUCAACAUCACCAUACCGGCGCCGAUUUGCCAAGUGGUCACCGGCAAACAGGGCCUCUAUCAACAGAUCAACAUACAAAAGAAACCACUCACAGUGAAGCAAUUCAGUGAAUUGGCAUCUACCGAACGCUAUCAGACGCCCAAACAUUUUGACUUUGAAGAUCUCGAGCGUAAAUAUUGGAAGAAUAUCACUUAUGUGGCACCGAUCUAUGGCGCCGAUGUUAGCGGCAGUAUUACAGAUGUCGAUCAGGAUAGUUGGAAUAUAAAUCGCCUCGGCACCAUACUCGAUUAUGUGAACGAGGAUUAUGGCAUACAGAUAGAUGGUGUGAAUACAGCGUAUUUGUAUUUUGGCAUGUGGAAGACCACCUUUGCCUGGCACACCGAAGAUAUGGAUCUCUAUUCGAUAAAUUAUUUACACUUUGGCGCACCGAAGACGUGGUAUGUUGUGCCACCCGAACAUGGGCGCAAAUUGGAGAAGGUCGCCAAUCAAUAUUUUCCGGCCAGUUAUCAGAAUUGCAAUGCAUAUUUGCGACAUAAAAUGACAUUGAUAAGCCCACAAGUGCUUAAGCAACAUGAUGUGCCAGUGAGCAAAAUCACACAAGAGGCUGGUGAGAUAAUGAUAACAUUUCCUUUCGGCUACCAUGCCGGUUUCAAUCAUGGUUUCAAUUGUGCCGAAUCGACAAAUUUCGCCAUGGAACGGUGGAUUGAAUAUGGAAAACGUGCCGUUCAAUGUACCUGCAGCAAUGAUAUGGUUAAGAUCUCCAUGGACACAUUCGUGAAACGUUUUCAGCCUGAACGCUAUCAGGCGUGGCUGGAAGGCAACGAUGUGGGAAGACAUCCGGAAGAUCCGCCUAGCGCUGUAGGCGCUGCACCGCUGCCCUCACAUUUGGAUGUGAUAUGCAAUAAGAAUCAUGGGGCUGACAAUUUACCAAUGCACGUAAUACAAAGAAUGAAGAAACAAUGUAAUCCAACAAAAAAGAAGUCCUUCAAAGAGCGUAAUCCCGACUUGAAUUUAGAGGAGAUACAAUUAAAUCCUAAUAUACCCGAUGAGGUUAAGGCUGUGCUAAAAGAGAGCGUACUAACAUUGGACGCUGAAGACGAAGAGCCUGCCAUAAUCGGUGAUGGCGAAGCUGAGUUGAUGACACAACUGAGUCCAGCCGAUUUGAAAACCAAAAAGGAAUUACUAGACUACAUUGAUGAUGGCACAGAUGAAGAUGAGGAGGAGGAAUUUCGUAAACGCCGUCAUAAGCGUAAACAUCAUUCCGAUUACGAUGACGAUUGGUUCACCAGCAAGCGGCGUACGAAUUCACGCAACAGCAGUAAAGGUCGUAGUCCGCGCAAUAGCAAUAAAGACGAUCGCUCCACAUCGCCGGCAUCGUCCACAUCCUCAACGUCGCGUGCACGUCGUCAGCCCUGUACGACGCCGGGCAAAACGACGCCACGCAAGACACCGAAUCGCCGAAAGAAAGACAAUGCAACAACACCAAAUGCUGCCACCGCAACAACAGUGUCCUCGAAAGCGGUGCCACCCGAAGCUGUGGCGAGUGUGCUGAAAACAGCGGCUGCCGUUUCACAAGCGCUAAGCAGCGGACAAUGCCGUGACGAAAACGGCAAUAGCAAUAGCAACAGCAAUGGUGGCGUAUUACGUACGAACAAUGUUGGCACACCAGCAGUCGCCGUGACUGUGUCAGCUGUAGCUGCUGCUGCCGAUGCGGCGGGAGGUAACGGCAGUUUAACAGCCACAACAAAUAUCACAACUCCCAGAGCUGCACACGCACCGGUUAUACGUGUGGUGCGCAAGUUGAGCGAUCAACUGGUGAGCGGCAGCACACAUAACAACGAUCUCCCCUCCGCCUCUGCAGUACCGACUGUGUUGCAGUUUAUGCAACAAACACGCAAAUUCGAGGGUAAAAUACCGAAAAUCGGUCAACAAGCAUUGAAUUUACAACAAGCCGAAUUGAUCAUAAUGCCAACAACAUCGAGCGCCUCAACAGCUGUUGUUAAUACCACCAACGCCAUAACAACAGCGACAACAACUAGUCAACAACAACAACAGCAGCAGCUCGAGCAGGAGCAACAACAGCAACAACAAACAAUUGUUUAUACCACAAUGUUGCCGGCGGCAAGCACUUUAAAUGGCAUCAGUGCACAACAACAGCAGCAACAACAACAAACACAAUAUAUUACAAUACCGGCAGCAACGUCGUCGGCUGGCAACAGCACGGAUGGCGCUGUUUAUCAGUUGCAAAGCGAAAUUGUUUGCGAUGCGGCUACAUAUCAACAACAUCAGCAGCAGCAACAACAACAACGCCAGCAACAGCACGAACAGCAGCAGCAGCAACAACAAUUGACUGCACAAAGCAUUAAUGGCAACACGAUUGCUGUGACAUCGGCCGCCGCAGCGCAAGACAAUGUGGUCACCACUAUUAGUUCGUCCCCCAUACUGCUCACCUCGUCCGCCGCUGCCGCCGCCGCCAAUAAUAACCACCAUCAACACCAAAUACAACAUCAGCAACACAAUUCCGCUGCUGCCGCCACAUCGACCUACACCACCACAACCACCACUGCCACACCGCUCAACACAAUCAAGAGUGAACUUAACGACGAGCCGAAACACAUUAUCGUCAACGGCGAUGGCACCACAACAACGCUGCAGACGCAGUCGCAACCACAGUAUCAUUACAUCACCACUACAGGUGAAGAUGGACAAACGCCAACGACGAUUGUCUUCGAGAACUACAAUGGUGAGGUCACCGAAGUGAAUGGCGGUGGUGGCGCCACAACGAUUAUUAAAUUUGAGGGUGACGACACUGAAUACCAAGGGUAUCAGGUGAUAAAACACGAAGAGGAUAAUUCAAAUGGCAUACACCACGACGGAUCGUCAAUGGAACAACAACAGCAGCAACAGCAACAGCAACAACCACAAUUUACUUAUAAAACCAUAACGAAACAAGACGAAGAAAUGAAUCAAACCAUAACCGAUACGAUCAUUGUGCCCGCCAACGGCGUACCAGCGAUACCACCACAAAAACAGAAGCGCAAGCGAAAAACACGUUUAAUUUCGCCCGACGAACAGGGCGAGUACUUGGAGAAGAUGUCGGUGCGCGGUUUGGAUAUACAGCGCUAUGAGCAUAUCAUUGACGGCGUCUCCUACUGUCUGGUGUGUGCCAAAAAUGAUGUGUUCAAGACAUUCAAAAACAAAUACAGUUUUCAACGUCAUGCCUAUCUGUUCCACGAAGGUGACAAUCGUAAGAUAUUCGCCUGCCCCAUUUGCAAUAAGGAGUUUUCACGUCCCGACAAAAUGAAGAUGCAUAAAAAAGAUAAACACGGUGAUAUGCAAGUACCCGAUGGAACGCUGACACCAGCGGCCACACCGGUUAAGCAAUCGCCGGAAGCUAAUCCGCCCAAGCGUCCGCGUACCGCCAGUGCACGUCCGUCACGUGCGCGGAAGCCACGCGCCACCAUUGCCAACACCGCGACAGUGGCCGUUAGCAGCGGCAGUGAAGAGAAUGCCGUGGAAGCGAAGCGCAAGCGCCUCGCUCAAAUCGAUAGCGUAUUGGAUGUGGUGCAGCAGCAUGCAGCCGAUGUGAAUGCAACACAGGCGCAAGCGACCACCAUCAAUGUGCAAUUGCAACAACAGUCGGGCGCACAGCAGGUGCAGGUACAACAGCAACAGACGUUGCCGCCCAUCGAUUUGAGUGGCAUGAUUUUGCCCGGUGGCGCACAACUGGCGUUGGCCAAUCCCGGUGCUACGUCUGCGCUCUUGCAGCAACAACGUGUUGCACACCAACAACAGCAGCAGCAACAGACACACGCGCCACCGCCACAGCAUAUUGCAUUGUCCGCGCAGCCAACACAGGUGCUACAGCCGUCAGCAACAGCCGCCACUGCUGCUGGUGCCGCCGGCACCACGCUCAUCUAUUCGAACCAAAUUGAUUUGCAGCAAGCGCUGCUACAGCAACAGCUGCAUGGCCAAAGCAUUAUGAUACAGGAUCAGGCUGGCAAUUUGGUGCCGUUGCAAUCGCUGCAGGCGCUCAAUGCCACCACCGCGCUAGACGGCACACAGACGAUCUACACCACACAACCAGCGCGUCAUGCGCAGCCACCACAACAGCUGCUGCAGCCAACGCAGCAGUCGACGCCGAACGCCUAUCAGACGGCGCCGCAACAGCAUAUACAGCUGCAAGCGCUGCCGAGCGGUUCACCACAGGAGAGUAUUAUCACCGCAACAUCACCCGCAGCGCAGGCACAGCAGCAACAGCAACAACAACAAUUAAAGACAGCCAAUCAGCAUCAGCAGCAGCACGCCAGCAAUGUUGUGUCGCAGCAGCAGCAACAACAGCAGCACUAUGAGUUGGAAAAUGUAGCUUAUCUGUCGUCGACAGCCGCAACGCCGGCGCCGCCAGAGCAACAUCAACAACAACAACACCACGUUAUCGGCACUGUACAAAGCUACCAAAUACUCACGCCGGACGGCUUACAAAGCUACCCCACCGCCACAGCGACGACAACCAAGUUGGAACCGAGCGAUUUGGCGGAACUUUGUCCGUACACCUCAAUGACCAGCACCACACCACAUUACACUUUCACAACACAUGCGGGUCAUCAUGGCGCCACCGCGGACGCGCUGCAUCAGCAAGUAGUCGGCGCCACAACUAGUCAUACACAACAGCAGCAGCAGCACCAGUUGACAGCUGGCGGCGGCGGCCAGCAGCAUCACAUACAACAGCAGCAUCAUUUCAUGGAGCUCAAGAACGAUUUGUUGAUCAAGAGCGCUGCGGAUGCGUACGCGUUGGACGCGAGCUCCAUGUAUCACCUGCCCUUCUCGCCAUCAUCGAUGAUCAGUUCGGUGAACGAUGGCAACGGACAGUCGCUGCUCGAAACCAAAGAGAUUAGGACCAUCGCAGGGGCGCAAAUUGGUGGCAGCACGAUCGUCAGAAAUGCCAACAAUACCGUUAUUACCACCACCAGCAGUAGCAGCAACAAUAACAACAAGAAGACAACGAUACAGCCGCGUACAGUGCAACUGUUAGUGACGCGUCGUCCAAUUAUCACCAACAACAACAACAACGCCAGCAGCAACAGUAGCGCUGCUGUUGGCGCACAGACAGCGACAAUUGUGGCACCUGGCGUGUUGAAAAUCACCAACAACAAUAAUAACAACAGUCAAAUUUUACACACCACCACCGGCACUGAAACGGUGGUUAUUGAGGAGGAAGACGACGAACUGCUCACAGCGACGAGUGGCGAUGAUGGUUCGAUGUCACCGCACGCGCUUGCGAUGUCCGCGACUACUGCGCAAAUUUUACGCAAAUUCCGUAUACCCAAAGGCACUGCUUUGACGGCGAAAUCGAUCAGCAGCGUGGAAGUGGCCAAUAGUGCGCCGGAGGCUUUAAUCUGCAGCGCUUCAACAUCCCCCGUACACUCGCCAAUACAUUCCACUUCUUGUUCGCCACCACCACGGGCCGAUACACCGAACUCCGUUGAUUUGGUGGAGGAAGUGAUCGAGACCGAUGAGAACUCAACGUGCCAGUCCACCGAUGAAGCGUUGAUUACGGCGGACACCACCACAGCCGACACCAUCAACGAUUGUGAUGCAGACAUUGUGGAAGAGGUUGAUGCGGAUGCAAACACCAACAACACUACGACAGUACUAGUGCCGGCAAAUAGUGGAAGCGGCGCAUUGACGGCAACAACUGCUACAGCGCUGCCGCAAAUACAACUGCAGACGGUGCAACCAAAUGGCACGGUGACAUGCAUUAAUCUACCGCCAAAUACGAUACUACUCACCGCGCCGGAUGGUUCCACCAUACUCGCGACCGCAACGCCACAGCAGUUGAGUAAAUUGACGCAACAACAACAACCCCAACCACAACCACAGCAACAACAACAAAUAAUCACGAUACAAGAUUGGAAUGGUGGCAGCGGUGGUGCUGGUGCCAGCAGCUCUAACAGCAGCGUCGAUGGCAAUACCACCACCGUAUUGCAAGCUGUGCAGGCUGCUGCCACACACCACCAACAACAACAAUCGGCCACCACAACACAAACGUUGCUGCUCACCGCCGACGGCACUGCCAUACCAAUCAUACAAUCGGCACCGGCCGCUGCAGCCAGCGCCAACACCACCAACUCGAAUUCAACGGCGGCGGCAGCAGCAGCUGCAGCGCAGAUUGUCGCCGCCCAACAGGCUGAAGCGCUGAAGGCGCAAGUGCUGGCGUAGGGUUUGGCCGGUGGCCAAUUAGGGCGAUUUCUCAAUAAUGCAACAAUUUUACCGACAACCUACUUUUUCUAAGACAACCAGGUAAUCGUGUAUUCAGUUCUAUUAUGUGUGUCUAUUUGAUAUGUACGAGUAUAAACAAUUUGUGAAGUUAAGUGUUUUAUGUGCGAGUAUGUUAUUUACAAUUGUUUCGUGCUACGAAAAUUGUGUUUCAAAUAUUGUAUUUGAAUUAGUUUCUGAUCACAGUUCAAAAGUAUAAACAGUUAUAAUUCCAUAAGUUUUUUAAACGUGUUUUUUUAACGCUUUAGUAUUAAAUUAAAGUUGUUUGCCGUGUCAAAAGAGAGUUAAAAUCAAUAGCUGCACAUGAAAAAUCAAGAAUCGCUCCAAUUAGCUACAGUAUUAGCAAUUUUUAAUUGCUAUAAUAAUGAAUAUCAUAAAUAUUCUUAAAUAAUAAAGAAACGCUCAGUGUCGGGACAUUCGUUAGUGUUGUUCCAGGUAUAUGCUAGCCCCUUUGUAAACUCCUAAAAAUUAAUUGAAAUGAUAAUUGCAUGCUUAUUUAUACAAGUUUUGUUAAUUCGUGAAAAAAGUAUUACAUUUGUGAGAAUUAACGCUAAAGAAUAAUUUGUAAAAAAAUUUUAAAUAAAAAAGAAUUAAAAUAUGUCAUAUAUGCGCCUUACCACUAAAGGAAAUGAAGUAAAACUUUAAUUAAAAGUUAAAUUUCAAAAUUUUAACAAUAUUUUAGAGUUUAUUUUAUUUUCUUUGUUGGUUAUUUUUAAAUUUAAAUAUUUUUUUAAUUUCUACGUCAUUUCAGAUAUGAAAUUAUAUUUGCAAAAAUUAUAACAAAUCUAAAAUGUAGCUAAAAAUAGUUAUUUAUUUUUGUAACUCUGAGCCACUAAACAUAAAUUCAUUAAAGAGUCAAUUUCAUUUUACAUUUUAAAAGUAAAUAAUUAAAAAAAUAAACUUUAAUUUAAUUUGAAAACUAAUUAAUUAUGAAGAUCAUUAUUAUUUUUCGAAUAAAAAAUUAUAAAUCUAAUAAAUACUAAAAAUCGUUAAUAAAAAUUUUUUGAAUUGACAAAAAUUCGAAACUCUUUACUACUCUUUAAAAAAAUUUAAAAUAUAUAUUUUUUCUCUGAAAAUAUUUUCUUUUCAAAUAAGUGAAUUUUUCAUCGGAGUUUAUUACAAGUUUAAUCAUCAAAAUUAAAGUAUUUGCGUUUUUAAUAAAAAAAAAAUAGUACACAAAAUAUUUAGUUUUUUAACAUUUUUUAAAAAAAGUUUUUUUAUAUGAAAAAAAAAACAGUUGCUCAUGAUUCCCAAAAAAUAAUAAAUUUUAAAUUAAAAAAUAUAUAUUUUUUUAGUUUUCGAAAUUGAUUUUUAAAUAUUUGAAUUUUAUGCCUUCUCUGCAAGAGUUUUGUGUGGCGUAAAAAAUGUUUUUUUUUUACACUAAAAUUUUUGCAAAGAAUUGCAUAAAAAUGCUAUGAAACUAUAACUAGCAUAUACCAUGGACAUAUUGUGGCAAGUAAGAUCAAAGUUUUCAAACAUAAAACUAACGUAUAAACUCGAAAAGUCAACACUAAAAUGUACUAAUUACAAAAAAUAAAUAUAAAAAAUCCGUGAAAUAAAUAAAACUAGGAAACUGUAAAUGCUUAUAACGAAAAUGACGAAUUAACGAAACAAAAAUGAGAAAUACAUAAUAUACUCGACGCAUAAACACUACAAAGAGAGCUUAGUAAAUAAGUUUUAGCUGUUUACAAACUAUAUAAACAAUACACAAGUAAUAGAAUAGACGAAAGAAUGCAAUUUCGUAAACUAGAAUUGUUAAUGUGUAUUUUGUAAAAGUAUACCAUGAACAGAGAUAUGGAAAACAAACACUAAAUAAUAUAUAGUAUAACGGUAACUUAUAUUUGUACACUAAGCGUUAUUAACAUUGCAUUACUAGUUUUUACUCAUUUUAGUUGCGCUAACUUGUAAAGCUUAUUCCUUCCAAUUCAUUUGAAAAUUGUAUACAAAUAACAUAAUUUGUGUGUGUGUGUCUACAUUAUCACAAAGACUUAACUCAAAAAUGUUUAAUAUUCAUAAUAUGUUAUGUAACAGUAUACAAAGUUAAAGUAGCUGCGUUGUAGGUGAAAAAACUAGUUUACAAGCUCGUUAAAGUGUGACAGUAAAGUAAAAAUAUAUAAAUAUUUGUAUUUCCAAACAAAAAACUUAAUAAUUUAAUGGCGAUAGAACGAAAAAACCGUUAUUAAAAAUCUGAAUUUACGAUUUUCGGUUGUGCUUUCGAACAUAAUUUUCAAAAAAAUUAAAAAAUGUAUAAAAAUUCGAAUGUUUAACUGCAUGCAUAACGGUCUGCAUAGUGUUUCAAAUUUUACACAUAAUCCAAUUAAGAUUUUAUUUCGUAUUUAUAACAGUGUUGUUAGCAUACAAAUGCCAAAAAUGUAGCAUAUUUCAAGGCGCAUACACACGUCUAUGCUAGAUUUCGCUUUAUUUCUGUGUACUAACUGUUAUAGAAAGUAACAUAGCAAUAACAAAUGUUGAGCAUGUUCAUAAUAUGCUACUUUGAGCUUGUAUUUGAUAUACCUUUGUAUAAAACACCCGCUUUCAGUUCCUAAAAGCAUAUUUUUUAGCAAAUUUUUGUUGUGUUUUUCAAAUCUUGCCGUAAUAGUUCAUAUACAUAUGUAAACCAUAUUAGUCAGCUCUUGCAUGUUUUUUUUUCUUUUAUAACAAUUAUUUACAAUUACACAUAGCCAUUCGGGCUAAUUUGUUUUGUUUCGGGUGUCAUCGUAUUAUAAUUAUUUUUGCAUUGUUUGUUUUUAACACUUAUUUGAUUAUUACGUGUAUAUAUUUAUUUAUUUUAUUAAAUUUAAAUUAUUAUAAACAAAUUUCUAAUUCUUUGUUUGCCAGCUUCAAUUAAAUUUCGAUUGGAAGUUUUUUAGAACAGUUAAUGAUUUUCCAAAAAAGAAAAUAUUUUAACAAAUAGCAUUCAUAACAAAUUUAUUUAUUUGAUUUACUAAACUUCGUUGAUGUUUCAAAAUUGAACAUAACCUUAAAAAACCAAUUGAGGCAAAUCAUACAAAAGUAUAAAAUAAAGUCGGUUCUACGACAGUCGGUUCUACGUAACCGGAACGGACCCGGAUUUUUAUCCGGCCAAGGACUGUCAAAUCGGCAGCAUUCCUCAAAAUUAUUUGGGGAAUGUUUUAUGCCGCUACAACAACAACAACAUAAAGAUACUAUAUUUUACUAUUCAAUUAGUUUAUAUUUUAAUUAUGUAUGUAAAUACAUAUUAAAUUAAUAAUAUUAAAUAAUAAUAAACUAAUAUUUAAUAACAAUAAAAUAUUAUUUAGAUUUGUCGCUCUAAAACUAAGCGAGACGAGUUACAAGUAUUUCUUCUUUUUUUUUUUUGUAGAUGCUUAGUACUCAGUUGAUAUGACUGUAUGAUAUUGAUAUUUAAUAACACUUGAUUUUCAACUGAAAAACAACACAAAAAACAUGUUUAACAAAUUAUAUGUAAAAUUAGUAUAUAAAGUUUAAGAAUUGAAAUAGUUGUAAGCACGUGUUAAUAAGUACAUAAACUCAACUAAAUUAAGCCAAGCAAAACAAACAAACCGAAAAUUAAAUGCUAAGUACUAUUUUAGACAUAAAAUUAUUGAAUUUGAGAAACAAAAUGCAACUCCAGUUUAGGUUCCAAUUGGAUUUUAUGCGCUAAUUUUUAUUUAAAAUCUAAGCCAUUUAAAUUAAUUUUGAUUUUAAGUAUUUUAUGCAUGUAUAAUGAAAGAAUUCAAUCCACUUUCUUUAAAUUAAAAAAAUACUACUUAAUAAGGUUAAAAAUUAAAUAAAAUGAGAACAAAUUUUCAACAACAAACAAAACCAAUGAUUGAUGAGUAGUAUAAUAGUAAUUAAAAUAUAAAAUAAAAAAUAAUUCUAAGUUUAUUAUGCGAAAAUAAAAAGUUAUUAAAAUAAAAAAAUAAAACAAAAAAUAAUAAUUUUUUUGAAAAAAAAAAAUAAAAAAUGCAAUUAGUUUGCGUGAAAGUAAUAAAAAAAUGAAAAGAAAAACUAAACUGUUGUAUGAAACUGUAAAAUAUAUACAUAUAUUAAUAUAAAAGCUUAAAUGACCAUUCAUAUUGCAUGUAGCUCAUUUAAGCUACGCAUACACAUACAUACAUAUAAACUAUACUAACAUUAUUGACUGCACUGUGCUAGUCAGAAAACUAUAAGCAUACCAGGCACUCAGCUGGUAGUCUUUUGGUAAAUACACCAGCGAAGUGCUGUUGUUUGUGCUAAAGAAAACAAAAAAAAAAUAAAUAAAUUAUAAAAAAAGUUCCAGCUUCAAGCACAGUGUAAUAAUGUGAAAUAUUAAAUUAUCUGUUAAUAUUACGCAUUACAUACCUAAAAGUAUAUAAUUUAAAAUAAAGACGAAAAAUUAUUUCAUAUAUUUGUUGUGUACCGAUUUUUUUAUUUAACAGGAAAUUGCACUGGUUGAUUUGAAUUUGAACUUUUAAUCUAAAAAAUAUUUAAAUAAACUGUUUAGAGGAAAUGCUAGAACCGUUUCAUGCGUUAUUCUGCUCUUUUGGGCGCAUAAAUUUUAAAGCUAUGAUUAGCAGCAUCACUUUAAAGAUUAUUUUUAUCACUAUAUGCCGCGACCGACGAAAUCAAUAAAUGUUACAUUUUAAACGCUGCAAUAUUUCUCAGCUGCAGCCAAAACACUACGUUGUGCAGUUGAAAUUAAGAAAAUUAAUAUUCGCUUAGUAAUCUCACUGUGUGUAAUAUUAAAUUUGAUAAAGAAGAAAUUUCAGCCGGUUAAAAUAGUAAUAUGUAGUACAAAUACUCUUACAACUAGUGGCGGCAAUAAUUCGCUGACAUUUUAACCUAGAGAUGUGAUAAAUUGGAGCUAGACAUAUUUUACGCUGAGUGUGAAGCUUUACAAAAUAAAUAGUAGAAAUUAAUAUUUGUAUAUUUUCUUUAAUUUAAACAAUAUAUGAAAAAAUCCAAAUUUCAAUUUGAAAUUAAAUAAAAAAUAACGAGUAAUAUGAAGAAGUAAAGCACAGAGUGGUGACCUUGUUUGUUAUUGGUUGUUAGUUGCUUAUCAGUGUUGUUGCAUUUGUGGGGUUGCUCGCCUAUUUUUGUCGCAUGUUUGUUCUGCCUGACAUUCGUUCAACAAAAAUGCGCCACACACAAACACGUACACACUCAUACACGCGUAAGCGCUUUGUGUGUAGAGCAAAUACGUAUGCAUUUUUACUUGCAUUUGCUGAUGGAGUUCGGCUACAGAGCAGAAUUAACACAAAAGCAGAGAAGAAACAAAAUAAAAGUAUUUUCUGAAAGCGCCACCAACAGACGCUAUUGAACAGCUGUGCUUCCUACAAGCUUGCUACUCGGUAUAUAUUAGUUGUUGGUCGUUUUUUUCCACUAUACAGUCUGCUGUCUUCGUAUCAAGUCAAUCAGUUGGCGUCCAAACAUAAAAGCAGCCGAUCCAUUGGAGCAUAUUUAGAAGAUAGAAAUCUAAAUUCAAUACAUUAGUGAGCACGCUUCCAGCGAGUGAUAGUGUGCAAAUAUUAAAUAUAGUUUGUCUGUCACCACAAACACAUUCUUCGUUUUAAGUUUAUUUUGGCUGUGUAAAUAUAAUUCAUAUAAU